UUCACUUUCUCUUUGACACAUGACAGAGAACAUCGUAAAUACACUUCAUCUACAACUAAAUUCUUCAUCUUUGUUAAAUUGUAGAAAAUCUUGACCAAUAACCAAAGUCUACGCAGUGCAUAAGAAAAAAAGAGUAAUUCUUUAUUUAAAAAGCAAAUAUAAUAGAUAAUUUUGUGAUCUAGAUAGAAUGGGUGCAAUGCUGAUGUCAAUACUUGUUGGUUUGGUUGUGCUGAUUUUGACCUACGUUGUCAUAAGGUUGUUCACAUUUAUAAGAUGGUACAAGAAAAUAAAGAAAGUAUUGUCACAUUUUCCAGGCCCCAAACCUCACUGGCUGUUUGGUAAUGCAUUGCAGAUAGGCUGUUACCACGAUUUUGUGUGUAGAAAUCAUGAAGAGUAUGUAGAGAAACAGAAUGCUAAAGCUUACACUUUCUGGUUGUUUAUUAACCGUCCAAUUCUUCAACUUACACAUCCUGAUACCAUCAAAGUUUUAAUGAAAUCAAAUGCACCUAAAGCCAAGUCUGGGGCAGGAUAUUUAUUUGUACUACCAUGGCUUGGAGACAGUUUACUAGUGUCAGAUGGACCAAAAUGGGAAAGAAAUAGGCGUUUACUGACACCUGGUUUUCACUUCAGUGUAUUGAAUGGUUACUUCAAGGUUUAUAAUGAUGUGGCAGAUACAUUAUUGGAAAAAUUUGCCAGUUCCUGUAAAGGUGGUAAAUACAUAGAAAUUUUCCAGCUAGCCAGCCUGGCAACUCUGGAUACCUUACUGCAGUGUUCUUUGUCAUAUAAAGGGAAUGUACAACUUGUGGGUGAAAAUCAUCCUUAUGUUAAAGCUGUGAAAAGAUUGGUGACACUGGUUUUAGCUCGAGCACUGAACAUUUUUCUGUACAAUCCAAUAUUGUUCAGGUUGUCUUCUACUGGAAGAGAGUUUUACAAACUUUGUGACUUUGUUCAUCAGUUUUCUGAAGAUAUAAUUGCUAAGAGGAGAACAGAAUUGGCUAAUAAUAAAGAUACUGAGAAGAAAAAACAGUUAGAUUUUUUGGACAUUUUAUUAACGGCUACAGAUGAUAACGGCAAUGGCCUAACAGACGAGGAGAUCAGAAAUGAAGUAGACACAUUCAUGUUUGCAGGUCAUGACACAACAGCAAGUGCCCUCAGUUGGAGUAUGUACAGUUUAGGUAAACAUAAAGAUAUACAGGAUAAAGUUUAUAGAGAGGUCAGAGAGGUCGUUGGAGAUAAACAAUAUAUUGACAGUGACGAUAUUUCCAAAAUGAAAUACUUAAGCAUGUUUGUAAAAGAAGUAUUACGAUGCCAUUCCCCGGUCCCUACAGUUAGUAGAAUGUUACAGGAACCUUGUGUUGUGGAAGGGGUAGAAUUCCCAGAAGGUAGUCUUUUUGGUCUGAGUAUGUUUGAUGUUCACCAUAAUUCACACAUUUGGCCAGAGCCAUGGGAAUUUAAACCUGAAAGAUUUGAAGAAGACAAACAUCAUGAAAUGGACCCAUAUAGUUUUGUACCUUUUUCAGCUGGGCCAAGAAAUUGUAUUGGACAAGCAUUUGCCCAGCAUGAAGAAAAAGUUCUGAUCGCAAGAAUAGUUAACAGAUUUGAGAUUUCCUUAGAUCCUGAUCACAAGGUUGAACAUUUCAUGGAGGUCGUCAUGAGAGCAAAGAAUGGAAUUAUGGUCAACUUCAAAGAAAGAAGCUAAAGAGGACCCCCCUAUGAAUUUUACUAACCCUCUAUAAAUCCAUAGGGGGUCAGUAGCGAAACCAUAUAACUUGUAAUAGUGCAUUUUUCUUUUAAAAGGGCAUUACUUUUAGUCAUACAGAAGCUGUUUAAUAUUUAAGUUUGUUUUAAAUUGGAAGAUGUAUUACAAGUAGAAAGAUUUUUUUUUAUUAUGGUAGUAAUUAUUGUAAUUUUAUUUGAGAUGUUUUUUUUUAAUAAAUAUUGUAACUGCUAUGUAAAGUUAUAUCUGUAAUCAGUAUUUUGUCAUAUGAUUAUUUUGUAUUUAUCAUACAUACUAUGCCCUGUUCACACAGUAUUAUUUUAUGCCCCAUUUAUGGGCAUUAUGUUUUCUGGUCUGUGCCUCUGUCCCAUUUCAGGUUAAAGUUUUGGUUAAAGUUUUUGGUCAAGGUAGUUUUUCAUGUAGUUGAAGUCUGAUCACCUCCAAAUUAGUAAACAUGUUCCCUAUGAUAUGAUCUUUCCAAUUUUAAUGCCAAAUUAGAGAUUUUUUUCCAUUUUCAUGGUCCAUUAAACAUUGAAAAUGAUUGUCAGAUGGGGCAUCUGUGUACUAGGGAAACAUUCUUGUUUUAAAAUUGUAUGAACCCACAGGUCUAUUGUCAUAUGUAUCCCUGUAUCUGCAUGUUAGUUGAUUUGAAGUUAUUUUGUUAUAACUAAUACAUAAUUUCUAUGGUAAUUAUCCUAGAUUUUGUUG